AUGUCCGGCCCUCCGGGUGCCGGGGGCCGAUGGGCAGGCGGCGUGGCGGGCGGCGACCACGGACGGCCGCGUGUGGCGGAGAGAUCGAUCGCCCGCGGCGCGGGGCGAGCGGGGCGGCCGCGCGGCGCGGCGUGCGGUGCCGCGGAAGGCCCGGCAGGCAGGCAGGCGCGUGGGCGGUGUGACGGUGACGGGCGAGCCAGCCUCGGCGCGCGCGCGCGCUCUCCGAGCACGCAGCGGGCGGAGAGGGAGAACCGUGCGGGAGGCGGCGCUGCGCGACGCGAGCGCGGGCGCGCGCGGCGGCGCGCCGCGCAACUACCGAGCGCCGACCGCGCCGCGCUGCUCCGUCGCGUUGCGGGCCUCCGCUCGCUCGCUCGCUCGCUGCAGCAGCCGGGCGGCUGGGCGCGACCGGCUCCCGAGCGCCGCGCGCGCGCGAGCGCUCCCUCGCUCGCGAGCGAACGCACGACUCGCCGCGACCGUCGGACGCCGAGCGCUUUCUGUCUCUUUCCCGCUCAGCCGUCGACGCCGUCGGCGCCGCUGACGGGCGCGUCCCGUGCCGCGAACGCCGCCGCGUCCGUCGCCGCCGCCGUCGUCUCCGUCGCCAGCUGCGUCGCCUGUCCAGGUGGCAAGCGGCGUCGGCUGCGGCGCCGACGCGCGGCCCCGGGCUCGUGGGGAUUCCCCGAGCCGCCGGCCGAUCUUCCCGCGCGCGCGAAUGGCCGCCGCAUGGGCACGGCGGUGUGUCUGCCCGAGCGCGCCGUCGACUGCCUGCGCGCCGCCGGGGGCCCGCUGCUGCGCCGCGCCGCCGCCGCCGACCGCCGCCGCCGCCCCGCCGCGCCCGCGCGGCGCGCCCGGCCGCCGCCGCCGCCGCCCCCGCCAGGGGGCAGCGGGGGCGGCGCGUGCGCGUCGUCGUGGCGCUCGGGCCCGACGGCGCCGGUCUCCUCCACGCUGCCCCCCGCCCCGCCGCCGCGGGCGCCGAGGGCGCCGCGCGCCGCCGCCGCCCACACGCGAAUUCGCGCCCCGCGACGGACACACCGCCCCUGGCCGCCGACGCCGCCGACGCCCGGAAGCACGGGAGGGACGGGACCACGACCAUGCCGCGCACCGGCGAGGCCGACGCCGAGGCGGAGACAGGUAGGCAACUGUCUUACAGCUUGUACCCUUUCGGCCAGGUUUUUGCCAGAUAUCUAUAAUAUAAUGGAAGUUGGCAGUCAUCCAACUCUUAGUUGUGUUAGGAGUUGCAUAGUUUUGUACUUUUACACAUACAUUUAG